CCGCAGAGUAUUUGACAGCUCUCAGGCCAGACAAGAUAAUCGGGUAGAUUCCGACUCGAUCUCCUUGGCAUCGCAGGUAUUUGACUCUAGUCUCUCCCUGUUACAUCCUCUAGAACCGAUUCAUCCAUAUCGCCGGCCCCUGGAUCCACACGGGAUUCAUCGAGACCAGCGCAGUCACCAUGUCGUCUAACGAGAAGAAAGGCUCUGAGGGGAGCACGGAGACUGUUGAGGACGUGCAGGCUUCACCUCCUGUGCCCGACCAGAAGCCCAAGCACGACGCCGCCGACGACAGCAUGGACGGCAGCAGUGUGUGGGAGUGCGUGAAGCAGAACCCCAAGGCGAUCUUCUACUCGUUUCUCAUGUCCGUCGGGCCCACCGCGUUUGGGUUUGACAAUCUGGUCGUCGGUCUGGUUGCCUCGAUGCCCGGUUUCCAGAUGGUCUUUGGAGACAUGAUCGACGGCAAGCUCUUCAUCCCCUCGCUCUGGCUCGCGCUCUGGAAUGCCAUGACCGCCGUCGGCAUCAUGGUCGGCGCGGUUACCAAUGGGUAUGUCCAGGACCGUUUCGGGCGCCGCUGGUCGUUUUCGCUCGGUGGAGCUAUCGCGACCGUUGGAAUUGCCAUCUGCUACAUCAGCGACCGGAGAGAUUCCCUGGGAGACCGUCGCAACAUGUUCCUUGGCGGGAAGAUUCUCCUCGGGGCCGGGCUGGGCAUCUUCCAGUCCACCAGCCAGACAUACAUCUCCGAAAUUGCUCCGGCGAGGAUCCGCGGGCCACUGCUGUCGAGCUAUACCCUGAUGAGCGUGGUCGGCCAGCUCAUCGGCACAUCCAUCGUGUACGCCCGCGUCAAGAUGCUCGAGCCCUCUUCCUACCAAGUCCCACUCGCCUCGCAAUGGGCCUUCUCCGGAGCAAUCAUCCUCAUCGGCCUCAUCAUUCCCGAAAGCCCAGUCUACUACCUGAAAAAGAACAACAUGGACAAGGCCGCGCGCUGCUACCGCCGCCUGUACUUUGGCACCGACCACACCGCCGCAAUCACCAAGAUGAAAGAAACCCUCGACUACGAACAGACCAACGAGUUGCACGGCAAGCAGUCUUCGCUGCUCCUCGAGUGCUUCCGCGGAGUCAACUGGCGCCGCACACGCAUCGCCAUCCUUGCUGUCUCGCUGCAGCAGUGCCUGGGAAUGAGUUAUGUCGGUCAUUGCGCCUAUAUCCUUCAGCAGGCCGGCAUGGCUGCCGAUAGAACCCUCAUGUUGAUGCAGGUGGCGAUCGCUGUGGGACUACCCGCCAACAUCAUCUCCUGGUUCUUGAUGGCUACGCUGGGGAGGAGGACUAUCAUCUUUCACAGUACGGUUGCGGUUGGAUUCCUCUGGCUCGCGUCUGGUAUCGCGGGCUGCUUUUCGGGCAACCACACGGCCCUUUGGUUCGUCGGCAUCGCCAUGAUAAUCAUCAUGUUCACCUUUGGCCUCGGGGUCGGCGGCGCAUACCCGGUCAUCGCAGCCGAAGUCUCCGCCUCCCAGCUGCGCGCCCAAACCCAGGGAAUCGCAUACAUGAGCGGCGGCUUCUCAACCUGGCUGUUCUCCUUUGUCGUUCCCUACAUGUUCAACACGGACGAGGGGAACCUCGGCGCCCGCACUGGGUUCGUCUUCGCGGCGCUCUGUGCGCUCGGCGCGGUGGUGGUGUGGGUCGAGUUCCCGGAAACCAAGGGGCGUAGUUAUCUUGAGUUGGAUGAGAUGUUUGACUUGAAGCUGCCUGCGAGGAAGUUUGGGAGUUUUGUCUUUGGAGGUGAGGCGGGCAAGCUGGGGCAGGAGGAAGGGGACAGGAAGGAUGCUGCGCGGGCGGAGGGGGUUUGAAUCGCGUGCCCUGAAUGAUGCGGGUGUAGCCCACCAAGUGUAGUCGAUACAUGACUAUCGCUUGCUUUGGUCAUUCAUGGCCUCGCGGGGUGAGUUUGGCUCGACGGGGCUGGGUAGACGGCAUUGGUAGCUCCACUCUACAUCUCUGAUGCUUUUAGUGUGGCAUGACGAUCAUCCUUUCCUGCUAAUAUGAGCCUCGCACAACGUCCUUCCAACAGUCCACGCACCAUAAAAUUCCCCGUCUGCCCUUACCUUCCUCAACCAAUAUAUAUAUGUGGCCCUUGAAGAUCUUCUGUAGUGUCUCCGAAGCUAGAGUGUUUGAAAUUGUAAUCCAACCUACUCUACGGAGUACUCUGCUACGCAUAAACCUCUCUCCGUCCGUCCGUUCCAUCCUGACUCCAAUGACCACGGCGCCUGUUG